GCGUGACAAGUAAACCGCUGUUUCAUUGUUUACCAACACUACGUUUCUGUAUGAGGCAAAACAUUUUGCAUUGAUCAAGAUAACAUUUGCUGGAUUAGAAGAUGUAUCUUGUUUAGUUUGCUAAACUUCUUUGAUGAACAGGACAUCUAAUUAAACUAUGGAAUUUUUUAAACUCUUCAACUAUUUUUACCAGACUUCGUGCGCUGCUGUUGUAUUUGUCUGCGCAUUAAGCGGCGCGUCCAUGCAAAAAUUGAUCCUGAUAUCAAUGGACGGAUUUCAGUUCGAUUAUCUGGAUUUAGUUGCACCAAAUGAAGCUAAACACUUUCAGUUUAUGAUAAGAAAUGGAGUGAAAGCUAAAUCAAUCAUGAAUGUUUUCCCGACAAAUACUUAUCCCAACCAUUACACACUUAUCACUGGAUUGUACCCAGAGAGUCAUGGGAUGGUGGACAACAAAUUUUAUGAUGCGGUAUGGAAUGAGUAUUUCGAUUUUGAUAACAGGAGAGACAACGUUGAUCCAUUCUGGUAUGAUACUGGAGCAGAGCCGAUUUAUGUCACAAAUAAAAAAGCAGAUCCUUUGCGGAACUCAGGUUCGGUUGUUUGGCCAGCCGGAAUCGGAAAAGUCAAAGGUAUUGGACCAGACAGAGUAAUUCCUUACGCAGAUUCAUGGUCCCGCAUUAAUAACACUGAACGUGUUGACACGAUAAUCUCGUGGUUCACUGAUAAGACUGUUCCUAUUAAUUUAGGACUCCUGUACUUCUUGGAGCCGGAUGGAAUAGGUCAUGUAACCGGCGGAGGUUCUAAAAAUGUUACAGAUAUGAUCAAAGUCGAGUUGGAUAACGUGUUAGGAUAUUUAUUCAAGAAAUUAAAGGAGAACGGUCUCCUUGAUGAGAUGAAUAUAAUUUUAACAUCUGAUCAUGGCUUUGCAAACUACAGCAGGGAUAAGGCAGUCUUACUUAGUGAUCACUUGAAUACGUCUUGGUAUAAAACAGGAUCUGUUCAAUUUGGAAAUUAUGCCCUUCAUAAGCAUAUCUUUCCGGAGGAAGGACUAGAAGAAAAUGUGCUUCAAGCGCUGCGUAACAUCCCUUAUUUAAAAGUAUACAGAAAAGGUGGCAGCGAGUUGGAGAGGCUACACUACAACUCUAGUACAAGGAUAGCCCCUAUUGUUAUCACUGGAUCUGAAGAAGGAGUGGUUAUAUUUCCUGAUGAAGCUAGUCGAGACAGGAUGAAAUCUGUUGGUGUCCAUGGAUAUGACCCAUACCUGGUGCCCAGCAUGCGUCCAUUCUUCCUUGCAAUUGGUCCAGCUUUCAAAAAGGGCUACGUGUCUGAACAGUUUAACUCGGUGGACAUAUAUCCUUUGAUGUGCCAUAUAUUGGGUAUCGUGCCUGCUCCAAAUAAUGGCUCCUUUGAGAAUGUGGAAUGCUUAUUGCGAGAAAAAUCAGUCAUGAGUAAGACGCACGAAAGGUCAACAACUGUGAUCUUACUUGUAAUUUUUGCCGGACUAUGUGCACUACUAGCUGGGAUAUAUUCCGUAUGUACCUGUCAGAAAGCAAGGAAACAGCUUAGACUUGGUAACAAGACAGGACCUGAAGUUACAACCACUGGGUCUGCGACGGACAGUGCAGAAGUUGAACGUCACGACGAACUCUAAGUCUGAAUUUACAGUGUACGUACCUCUACAUAAUGAAACAACAUUUUAAGGAGUAACUGAUCUAUAAAUCAGUCACGAAAAAGAGUAAAAAUAACUUGUGUGUAUAUGGAAAUACUGAAUGUUCAGUAGGAUGUAAAUCUCUUUAAACAUUGAUUUUAUUAACCUUUACCCAGCUAUAUAUUUCUAAAAUGGACUGGUCCAUCAUUCAAUUUGGGAAGUAUCACUUAUUAUUCAAAGGGGAUGUUCACUUAAAACAUGCUGAUUGAAUUUCGAAUAGUUCAGACUAAGAACGUGCAGGCUUAUCUUGGUCUGCACUGGUCGCAAAUGCAAAAUCAUUUGCCGCCAGCAGGCUAAAGGUUAAAUAACGAGAAACAUUUUUUGCAAAAAGCAAUUAAAGACGGCUCAUGUUUAAUGAUAUGCAAGUUGAUGUCUUUAGGAUAUUUCUUCUACUUGUUAAAAGAUAUUGUUUCACUAAACAGUUUGUAUUUUUUCAAUUGUCUAUUGAAACAUUACUACUUAAAUGCAGUAUUUAAGCAUUUAACUAUUAACUAUAAUUCAUUAAGCAAGCGGUCAUGUUCAUAUCAGUCCGAUGAAAUGCUCAACGUUACACAACAACUGCGUCCUCAUGAAUUAAAAUGCACGCGUUAUAAGCAUAUCUUGAUACAUAAUUUUUUUCAUGUUUUCAUCAUUGUUGUAUUAGAUUGUGUGUACUUUAUAUUUAACUGGUUUAUUACGUGAGAUUCGCUUUGGAAUAUAAAGCAUUUUCAUCUAUCGAUGAAAACCUUCUAAUUUGCCAGUAACACUACAUAACAAUGUUAAGACAUGUCGUUAGAAUGUUGGCUCUAUAACCCAGUGGUAAGAGCUGACGAUUAAAAGGUUUUCUUUUCAUGUGCUGGUUGGAGUUAUUUACCGUUUAGUAAACAAGAUAGUAUAUUAUAAUACCAUUGUUUUGUCCGGCGUAUUCCUAAGCAACCACUUGCUAGAAUUCAUCAAAAUUUCAUAGGAAGCUUCACUCCCAAGAGGAAAUGAGCAUUUUGUCUUCAUGUUCCGGUCAGAUGAUUUGUCACUGACUGAGUUAUUGCCCUUUGAUUAUUCAACAUUAGUAUACUGUAGUAUCAUUUAUUGUCCGGAGUAUUCCUAAGCAUUUUCCAUGAGUUCCAUACUCAAUAGGAUCAUUUUUACACUUUAUGUUCUUUAACAUCUUUAAAAAAUUCUUCCAGUUGAUUUUUUGCACAAGCUUAUGCAGAGACGUUUGAUGAAAAUGACCCUUAUUGAAUGAAAAUAAAAAUAACAUGAAAACAUGGGCUAAACAUGUCUACCAAUGAUUAGAUAACUUCCUUAACUGUCCUAAAGGAAACUAUUUAGCCAAGGAGAAUAUUUAAAGGCCUAGAUUCACUACUAUAUAAGUGCCCCCCCCCACCCUCAAAUCCAAUAUACAACUCCCAUCUUAUCUGCUGCUUAUCAGCGAUUAUGUAACCGUAACUGAUUAGAGGGCAAUUAGCACAGCAGGGACCCCAACUAGACCAUGAAGAUGUGUGCAGUGGAGUUGAAAGAAAUUAAUGUUUCUUCAGUGAAUGUGGAAUGAUAAUAAUGUUAAUUAUUAUUUUGAUAUUAUAUUGAUGGUAAUAAGUAUUACUUUAAUGUUAUAAUAAUGAUAGUAAUAAUAAUAAUAAUAAUAAUUAUUAUUAUUAUAUUACAUAAAGGAUGAUUAAAGAUACAGUAAUAAUAUUGAAAAUAAUAAUGAUAAUAAAACACAAGUAUAGUGAAAACUUCAGGAGUUCUUUGUGCUGACAAACAAUAUUUUUCUAAUUGGAAACUGGGUUUCUUGUAUUCAUAUAAUCAACAUUAUUUGAACUUAAAAUUAUUUUGUUCCAUCUAUACUGAAUUUUCAUUUUCAGUAUGUUGCCAAAAGUGACUUUUUUUCAUGCUUUGCUUUGUAACUUUGAAUUGCACAUACUGUUUUCAAUUUUUAGACAAAUGUUAUUUACAGUAUUCUGCAAGCAUUAGAUGAGUGAAAGUCACAAUUUUCUGAAAUAUCACAAUUCUCCAGACAUACUUUGAAAAAAUAAAAACUUGCAUAUUUCUUUAAGUAAGUUUAUCAUUAUUUCCUUAUUGUGAAAAUGAGUUUCUGAUUAUCUUAUUGUGUUUGAUCAACAAAUAUUUUUCUUUACAUAGAAAUGCCAAAAAAACCCACAACAAAACAACUAGUAUAACUUUAAAAGUUAUCAAUUAUAUAUCAAUUUAAGAUAAAUUACAUUGUUUCCCCUUCUCAAUAAUUGAUACACUUGUAAGGUAGACUGACUCUCCAAUAAACAUUGACCCUUGUUAAAUGGAACCAUACUGUGAUUGUCAUUAGCCCCCAACUGUGCUGGUGAAGACAGAAAUCCCUUGGCCCACUGCCAAAAUAUAGGCCUUUAAUGCCACUCUGAAACAUAUGUUCACGAAAAACAAAUCCACAAAUUACUCCAAGAGUGACUUUGCAUAACAAACAUGAAAGUUGAGGAUUCUUGUUCAAGGUGUAUUUUAAACCAUUAAUGCUUUUGGUGUUAGACAGACACACAGCUGCAUUUUAACUGUUAUCAUGCUGGACACGAUUGAUCUUGCCUUUGCGACCGUGCAGUCUGAUCAAGAUCUACACUGUUCGCCAUUCAGUCAGUAUCUUUUUAGUUAGCACCCACUUUAACAAUUAAUUGUACUGUCCAAAUUGAAAGAUCGACAAGUUCAUUAUAGAAAUUUAGCAAGGGUAAGGGUUAAAACUAAAACAUUAUACUGUUUAAUCAAAUUUAUUCAAUAUUAAACUGUUAGGCGAUAUUUGUCCGAGGCUCAGUGUCGGACUGCCGAAAUUUUCAAAGGCUAGCCCUAAGCAAAACAUAUUCAAUCAAAUCACAGUUAUAUACAAUAUGUUUAGAAAAUGAGCCCAUUCCUGGGAAACAACGACCGGAUUCAGAAAUGUUAUUAGCUUGAAAAUAAUUUCUCUGACUGCCAAUGGUGUCGCCAGCGACCUCACAUGGUCUUCAAUAAAUUGUGUCAGAUGUAGAAUAAAUAUUUUGAUAAAAUAAAUUGUCAAA